AUGGAGUCUCACAAUUUCAGUGUCAACUCAGUCUUCUCUUGCUUAUUCUUUGCUAUUUUGUUCUCCUUCGGCUCCCUUGCUUCUUUUGCUGUUGCAGAAACUCACUACCAUGAGUUUGUUAUUGAAGAAAGGCCAGUGAAGAGGCUGUGCAAAACCCAUGGCAGAAUCACAGUGAAUGGACAAUUCCCAGGUCCAACAUUGGAAGUCAGAGAUGGUGACUCCUUAGUCAUCACAGCUAUAAACAAAGCUCAGUAUAAUGUCACCCUACACUGGCAUGGAAUUAGACAGCUGAGAAAUCCAUGGGCGGAUGGACCUGAAUACAUAACACAGUGCCCUAUUCUACCAGGAAGGAGCUAUACAUACAGGUUCACCAUCAUAAACCAGGAAGGUACUUUGUGGUGGCAUGCUCAUAGCAAAUGGCUUAGAGCCACUGUCUAUGGAGCUCUCAUCAUCUACCCUAAGUUGGGCUCUCCCUACCCUUUCCCCAUGCCCAGACGAGAAAUUCCCAUUCUUCUUGGAGAAUGGUGGGACAGAAACCCUAUGGACGUUCUCAGGCAGGCCAUUUUCACCGGAGCUGCCCCAAAUGUCUCUGAUGCUUAUACCAUCAACGGUCAACCUGGUGAUUUUUACAGAUGCUCCAAGCAAGAGACUGCGGUGUUUCCAGUACAAUCAGGAGAGACAAUUCUGUUGAGAAUCAUUAAUGCUGCAAUGAACCAGGAGCUCUUCUUCAGUGUAGCAAAUCACAAACUCACCGUUGUUGCUGUUGAUGCUGCCUACACCAAGCCCUUCACCACCAAUGUCAUCAUGAUAGCUCCAGGCCAGACAACAAAUGUCCUGCUCACUGCAGAUCAGCCGCCAGCUCGUUACUACAUGGCUGCACAUGCCUAUAACACAGCCAAUGCAGCCUUUGACAACACCACCACCACUGCAAUUCUUGAAUACAAAUCUGCUCCCUGCAAUGCCAAGAAAGGAAAGUCUUCAUCCUCUACACCAGUCUUUGCUCAGCUUCCAGGAUUCAAUGACACUGCCACUGCAACUGCAUUCACUUCCAGUUUAAGAAGUCCUCACAAGGUUCAUGUUCCCAUUACAAUUGAU